AUGUCUCAUCUCAACACCACUGAGAUUGAAAUUUCUACCUUUGUCCUCAUUGGGAUCCCAGGAAUGGAGCAUGUGCAUAUAUGGAUAUCCAUUCCCUUCUGCCUCAUAUAUAUCAUUGCCACAUUAGGCAACUCUACUAUUCUCCUCCUUAUCAAGACAGAACCUUCUCUCCAUGAACCCAUGUAUUAUUUUCUUUCCAUGCUGGCUUUUUCAGAUCUUUGCUUAUCUUUCUCUUCCUUGCCAACCAUGCUGAGAAUCUUCUUAUUCAAUGCUCCAGGGAUCUCUGUUGAUGCUUGCAUUGCCCAGGAAUUCUUCAUCCACACCUUCACUGCCAUGGAGUCUUCUGUGCUUGUCAUCAUGUCUUUUGAUCGUUUCAUAGCCAUCCGUAACCCUCUAAGAUAUAGUUCCAUUUUCACCAAUGUCAGAGUCAUGCAAAUUGUAUUGGGCUUUGCUAUUGCCUCUUUUACAUGUAUAAUCCCAUUCCCUAUCACUCUAAAGAGGCUAAGAUUUUGUAAGGGAAACCUCCUCUCCCAUUCCUAUUGUCUCCAUCAGGAUAUAAUGAGAUUGGCCUGUUCUGAUAACAGAGUCAAUGUCAUCUAUGGUUUUUUUGUUGCUUUGUUAGGCAUGAUGAACUUAGUAUUGAUUUUGUUAUCCUACAUAAUGAUCCUGAAGACUGUUUUAGGUAUUGCUUCCCAUCAAGAGCGGUUAAAGGCCUUCAACACUUGCAUUUCUCAUAUCUGUGCAGUUUUCAUUUUCUAUGUUCCUGUUGUCACCCUGGCUAUUGUCCACCGUUUUGCCAAACACGGAUCACCAUUAAUUAGGAUCCUCAUUGCUGAUGUCUACCUUUUAGUUCCUCCACUGAUGAACCCUAUUGUUUACUGUGUGAAGACUCGUCAAAUCCGUGAGAAGGUUCUUGGGAAACUGUGUCUGAAGAAGAUCUGA